AAAUGGGGUUAAUGCAUAUGUGGAUUUUCUUAUUUCUGUUUUAUUUGGCCUAUUCGAAGCCACUGGCAAGUGUUCAAGAAUAUGAAGAUGCAGAAUUAGAACGUGGGAGUUUGCAGGCGCAGCUGGAGAAUGACACUGAAGACGUACCUCCAGGCCUUGCACCCAUAUCCACAAUGUUUAAUGACAGAUUCCAAAGGAGUAUAUCUUCAGCACGACCGAGAGCUCCAUGGUAUCGAGUUGUUCCUUUCUCAAAGGACCCGAAAGAGCUAUUCAAGCCAGAAAAAGGUGUUAGACCUGUCCCAGACUCCGUCAAGGAAAUGUUGCUUGCACCACCUCCCACUCUUGCCUCACCCGGAGGAGCAGCCAAAUCGAAGCGUGUUGAGGUCUUGUGCCACGUUGACCGCAUGUACGUCAAAGUAAGCAAGGAGCUUUUUUCAACGAGAAACGCUUUCAAAGACUUGAAACUUGGCAAGUGUCCUGUAAAUGAAGGCACUGCAGAACAUUAUUACCUUCUCUACCUUUUGAAAAGUGACUGUGGAUUCCAGAGAGAGAGUACUGAAGACUACUUGUUCAUCAGUAUUGUACUCCACUAUAAGCCAACAACUCCAGUUAUUAGGGAGCUACCAUUUGAUGUUGCCUUGCGAUGCAAAUAUCCAAGGCAUUUUCACUCCUUCAAUCCUGGCAUCUCUAUCGAACUGAAGCGAGGCACAGUUUACAAACCCCUACGAUCAAAAAAUGCUUAUACCAUUACUCCACAAGAUGCAUCGGGGCAUGAGAUAUUUGGUGAUAAAAUGUUUAUCCUGGGACAGCCAAUGUACUUUGAGGUGAAACAAGUAGAGAGAAUAGCAACUGAGCAGAGACUUUACAUCAACAAGUGUUUCAUGACUGCGUUCCAAGAUCCUUACUCUGAACCUAAAUACACCAUUAUUGACAACCAAGGUUGUAUGAUUGAUAGUAUGGUGACAAAACAGUCUGCGUUUCUCAAGGGCCCCUUAAACAGCCAAAAAUUCUCAGUGAGCGCCUUCAUAUUUAAAGACACUGCAGUUUCAUCAUCUUCGCCACUCUAUCUGCACUGUGAAUUCUCUAUGGACGAUCCAACACCAACUUCAAGUACGAAGGCUUGCAAUUAUCACCGCGCUACCAAAAAUUUCCACAAAAUGAAGAAAUGUCUGUGGUUCAGGUGGAAGGAGUUGUAUGGUAAUGACAGGGUUUGUGCCUGCUGUGAAUCUUCCUGCUUGCCAAUUUCAAAAGCUUCUGGGAACAUGGUCUCAAGUCCGUCUUGGAAGGUCGGAUUUGGAACGAAGGAUGGAAACCCGAAGUUUGAGCUGCAGCCAAGAUCUACUAACUGGGGCACCAUCAGUUUGGAGGACUCGUCUGACCACAGUGACUUUCUUAGCUACUGGGUGUGAUCUUUGAAUAUCUUGGAAAUAAAAGUAUUUUGCCUCCCCUCUUA